AUGAUGAUUUACGAUAAUAUGAAUGAUGUCAAGCAGAUGAAACAGAGUAGAGAUGGAAUCAAGAGCGAUAGAAAUUCAAAAUCUUCAUCGGUUGCCUCCCUUCCGCUCAUUCUCGAUAUAGAUGAUUUUAAGGGGGAUUUUUCAUUUGAUGCAUUAUUUGGGAACUUGGUAAAUGAUCUACUCCCAUCUUUCCAAGAUGAAGAAGCAGAUUCAGCUGAAGGUAAUGUCGGCGGGGGUGAUGUGUUAGCAAAUGGGCAUGUAAGAGUCCCAUCCGAUGCAGCAAAAUUGGCACCAGGCUUGUCUUCUCCCUUAUUUCCUGAAGUGGAUAGUCUUUUGUCUUUGUUUAGGGAUUCUUGUAGAGAGUUGAUAGACCUCCGGAAGCAGAUUGAUGGAAGGCUCUACAAUCUCAAGAAGGAGGUUUCUGUCCAAGAUUCUAAGCACCGUAAAACACUAGCUGAGCUGGAAAAGGGCGUAGAUGGCUUGUUUGAUAGCUUCGCUAGGCUUGACUCACGUAUUUCAAGUGUUGGACAGACUGCUGCCAAAAUAGGAGACCAUUUGCAGAGCGCGGAUGCUCAGAGGGAAACGGCUAGUCAAACAAUAGAGCUCAUAAAGUACUUGAUGGAGUUCAAUGGCAGCCCAGGUGACUUAAUGGAACUAUCACCUCUGUUUUCGGAUGACAGCCGUGUUGCUGAGGCUGCUUCAAUUGCGCAGAAAUUGAGUAAGAUGGCCUUAUGUUCUUACGAAGCUCUGAAAUUGCAUAAUUCUACAACCUCAUGGUCAUUUGCUGAGGAAGAUAUUGGAAGACAGGGCUUAUCUGUACCGUCAGUUAUGGGAAAUGCAACUGCGAGCAGAGGAUUAGAAGUUGCAGUCGCUAAUCUUCAGGAUUACUGCAAUGAACUAGAGAAUAGAUUGUUGGCUCGGUUUGAUGCAGCAUCACAGAAAAGAGAAUUAUCUACCAUGGCAGAAUGUGCUAAAAUUUUAUCUCAGUUCAACAGGGGCACAAGUGCCAUGCAACAUUAUGUGGCAACACGUCCAAUGUUCAUUGACGUGGAAGUCAUGAAUGCAGACACUAGAUUGGCUCUCGGUGAUCAGGGAUCUCAAGCUAGUCCGAGCAAUGUUGCUCGUGGACUUUCUUCCUUGUUCAAAGAAAUCACAGACACUGUCCGUAAAGAAGCAGCUACAAUUACGGCAGUAUUCCCUUCUCCUAAUGAUGUCAUGUCAAUUUUAGUUCAGAGGGUUUUAGAGCAGCGAGUUACAGCUCUUUUGGAUAAAUUGCUAGUGAAACCAUCUCUUGUCAAUUUACCUCCCAUGGAAGAAGGCGGGCUUUUAUUAUAUCUUAGAAUGCUAGCAGUGGCAUAUGAGAAGACUCGGGAACUUGCAAGAGACUUACGAGCUGUGGGAUGUGGUGACUUGGAUGUUGAGGGCCUCACAGAGUCUCUCUUCUCUUCUCACAAGGAUGAAUAUCCUGAACAUGAGCAGGCCUCUCUUAGACAACUAUAUCAAGCCAAGAUGGAAGAACUGCGUGCUGAGAGCCAGCAGCUUUCUGAAUCAACUGGGACUACUGGGCGCUCAAAAGGGGCUUCUGUAGCAUCUUCCCACCAGCAGAUAUCUGUUACUGUUGUGACAGAAUUUGUGCGGUGGAAUGAGGAAGCAAUAUCAAGAUGCACUCUGUUUUCAUCUCUGAUGACAUUUGAAAUGAUGUCUCUUUUGGAUGUUCUGGGAUUGUCUUUACUGCCUCCAGUUAUGGAUUGUACUGGCUUUGUUUUGGUAAUUAAGGACUUGAAGCCCAUGCACCUUAUGGUUGUUGUGGUUUAUGUUCUCUGGCCCCAUCCUGCUACCCUUGCAGCCAAUGUGAAAGCUGUGUUCACUUGCUUGCUAGACCAAGUAGGGCAAUAUAUAACAGAAGGUCUUGAACGGGCUAGAGAUGGCCUCACUGAAGCUGCAGCAUUAAGGGAACGUUUUGUGCUGGGAACGAGUGUUAGUAGAAGGGUGGCUGCUGCAGCUGCUUCUGCUGCAGAAGCUGCUGCUGCUGCUGGUGAGAGCAGUUUCAGAUCCUUCAUGGUUUCGGUACAACGUUGUGGUAGCAGUGUUGCUUUAGUACAGCAAUAUUUUGCAAACUCUAUAUCUCGUCUCUUACUACCUGUGGAUGGUGCACAUGCUGCUUCAUGCGAAGAAAUGGCAACAGCUAUGUCCAGUGCUGAGGCUGCAGCUUAUAAGGGGCUUCAACAAUGCAUUGAAACUGUUAUGGCUGAGGUAGAGCGAUUGCUAUCAGCUGAACAAAAGGCAACAGAUUAUCGGUCACCUGAUGAUGGAAUGGCUCCUGAUCAUCGUCCCACAAAUGCUUGCACAAGAGUUGUGGCAUAUCUUUCGCGUGUGCUUGAAGCUGCAUUCACUGCAUUGGAAGGUCUUAAUAAACAAGCAUUCCUGACUGAAUUGGGAAACCGCUUACACAAGGGGCUUCUUAAUCAUUGGCAGAAGUUCACUUUUAAUCCCAGGGGAAAUGCUGGAUCUGAAAUUUAUGUUGUCUUCGGUUGGUUUGGAGCUUUCUCAUGCGCAUAUAAGUUGCUUGUAAUUCAUGAUCGGUUGGGGAGCAUGAUUUCUUUUGUUGGAAAUCCCCAGUUUAAUUGCUUUGGAAUUCAUGGAGGACUGCGGUUGAAACGUGAUAUAACCGAGUAUGGAGAAUUUGUGCGGAGUUUUAAUGCUCCUUCUGUUGAUGAGAAGUUUGAGUUGUUGGGCAUGUAA